UGCCCUGCCCUCCCCUUCCCGUCCCUUCCCUUCCCCCUCGCCCUUCCUCGCGGUCGGCGGCGGUCGCGGCGAGGGCGGGAGCGCGCGCCGCGGGGCGGGGAGGGCGCGCGGCGCCGCAUGCGUCGCUGAUGGAGCCGGGCUCGGGGCUGCAGCAGCGCAGGGUGGGCGGCGGCGGCGGGCUGGACCUCGGGGCGGGCUCGGCGGGGGGGUCGCCGGCGCUGUCCGGGGGCCAGGCGCGCCGCAGGAAGCAGCCGCCGCGCCCCGCCGACUUCAAGCUGCAGGUGAUCAUCAUCGGCUCGCGGGGGGUGGGCAAGACCAGCCUCAUGGAGCGCUUCACCGACGACACCUUCUGCGAGGCCUGCAAGUCCACCGUGGGUGUUGAUUUUAAAAUCAAAACAGUAGAGCUAAGAGGAAAGAAAAUUAGAUUACAAAUCUGGGACACAGCAGGUCAGGAGAGAUUCAACAGCAUUACCUCAGCUUAUUACAGAAGUGCCAAGGGAAUCAUAUUGGUGUAUGAUAUCACCAAGAAGGAGACAUUUGAUGAUUUACCAAAAUGGAUGAAAAUGAUCGAUAAGUAUGCUUCAGAAGAUGCAGAGCUUCUAUUAGUUGGAAAUAAACUGGACUGUGAAGUUGAUCGAGAGAUUACUCGACAGCAGGGAGAAAAGUUUGCACAGCAAAUAACUGGGAUGCGGUUCUGUGAAGCCAGUGCCAAGGAUAAUUUUAAUGUGGAUGAAAUAUUUCUAAAACUUGUUGAUGACAUUCUGAAAAAGAUGCCACUGGAUGUUAUAAGAAAUGAAUUGUCCAACAGUAUCCUGUCCCUGCAGCCAGAGCCAGAAAUCCCACCAGAACUGCCUCCUCCAAGGCCACAUGUCCGUUGCUGUUGACUUGUUACUCCAUAUAGAGUGAAAAAUAGGAGUGGGAGGGAAAAGAAAGUAUCCUUACUACUCUGCACUACAAUCAUUUGGCAGUUUCUUGUUGCACUUUGUUAUUUGAGUCAGAGCUACACACUAACUUGUAAAUAUGCAAAUAUAUAAUCCUGUGUAGGAUUCAGCUAUAACAUUUAAUUAUUACCCCUUUCCUUCACAAUUGUACUUCAUUUAUUGCCCCAUUGUUAUAAAUAUUGUACAGUCUGUGGGGAAUUACCACACUUCCAAUCGAGGAGGAGGAAAAUUAAAUCUAUACCUAUUCUUGACAUAAAUGUUGUAAUAGUUCUUGUUAUUAUAAACAGGCAGGCAGAAGCUCUUCUGGUAUGAAGAUAAGUAUAUGGUGCUUUGCUAACUAUUUUAAAGAUGAUUUUUUUUAAAACAGAGGACUUUAUGUACAAAGCUUCCAUAAUCAGCAUUAUGUUUCCUUUUAAUGUAGUGAAAACACUUUUGGCUGUAGCAUCCUCUGCUGACUGGAUUUAUUGAAAAGCUAAGUUUAAUUUCUGGCAGUCUCUUAUUUAUUUUGUUUAAUGAUGAACCCUCUCUUUGUGUACUAAGACAUCACGUUUGGUGCAGGUCUAAGAUUGCACUCUGAAAUUGCAUAUAUAAUUUUCUGCUUAAGCAUAAACUUGGUUGCAAGAAUCAUUAAGAUUCAAUAAAAAUGGAGAUGUAUUCCACUCUAAAAGAAGAUAUAAAAAGCAAUGCUGCUGUCCUAGACAAAUUCUUUUUUUAAAAAAAUUAAGAUAAUACGUUUUCCUGUGUUAAGGAAUAUAUAUGCGUAUUUGUCUGGACAUCUGUAGGACUGGGGGAAGGGAAACUUAAGGUAAAAUGACUUUUUUCCUAAUGGUGGAAAUUAUUCCCAUCAAGCAUAUACUGUGUUUAGGUUUUUGUCUGAUAAUGAAUUUGUGAAUUAUAUCUUUGGUAUAUCUUUUAUUAAAAUGCACUGUUUAGUUUAGUUGUGGUAAAUCAAUAGUUACAUAUUUGAAUAACUUGGUGUGUCCUGAAUGUUGUGGUAUUGAAAAACAUUGUGGUCUUUCUAAACUAAUGAAGUGCAAAUAAAAUUUUGUAUUUAUGAAUGACAGUGGAACUGCACCUGUUAUUAGAAUGGCAAAUAUCAAAUGAUGGUAAAAGGUAAAAUCUCUUGUAUGGAACAACUCUUAUUUUAAUUUUCUUAUGAUUUGAUUUUCAGUGUAACAGUUCCUCUAGGUGUAGUCAGAAGAGCAGCAGACAUUUGUUGUUCACUCGCACUACUGCCCUCUUGGAAUGACGUAGCACAGCUGAUACCCUCAAAUGGCAUGUGACUGCUUGUCAUGCUACCUUGGCAGGUGGUUGCAAAACUAUUGAUUACACUGGGAACACAAAUAUGAACCAAUCUUUUUCAGAUUACAGCUUCUCUACUUUUCAUUCUUUGGUGCUGGAACCCAUUGUGCCACUUCUGCCACUGUUCUAGCGUAAACGCUGAUACUGACCAGUAAGGUAUACCACUGACUUAAGCAGUUUCCUCUGUUUUCUAGAAGGAAAAAAGACACAAAGAAUUGUUGACAUUAAAAAAUAAAAUUGAUUUUUGAGCCCUUAUUUCACUGAAUAAGCUUGGACAUUCUGAAUACAAUACCAUGUUGGUAUUUAGCACACUGUUUUCAACUAACAAAUUAAGGAAGCAUGGUUGAUAUUUGUGCUUUUGUCUUCUGCCACCUUGUGCCUAAACAGUUUGCUUUUUUACAUAGUAAACUUACAGUUUGCUAUCAUAUUGGUAAGAAAAAUCAAUUUCUAAAGCACUUUUCGGAUUUCUGAUAGUACUGUGGGCAAUAGCAAGGACGGAAAAAUUAUGGAAAAUGAGUUUUGACUUGACAACCACUUUAUUUUAGCUGAUUUGUUUUUACAUGUACUUAGAAACUUGUGAUUUUUUUUCUGAAGUUUUUGAAUUUAAUAAAAAUUAAGAAACCUGA